CAACGCCUUGCACUCGACAAAUCCAGAGCGCCUCUGUUUCUUUUCCGCAGCCAUGGCAGAGAGGAGGGUAUACCGCGCCACCACGACGGCGCCAGUCAACAUCGCCGUGGUCAAGUACUGGGGCAAGCGCGAUCCCAAGCUCAAUCUGCCCACUAACAGCUCGCUCUCGGUGACGCUGUCGCAGGCCGACCUCCGCACUCUGACCACGGCGUCGUGCUCCGCCUCGUACCCGGCCGAAGAAGGCGACUCGCUGGUCCUCAAUGGCGAGCCGUCCGAUGUAUCGGGCGCCCGCACGCAGGCCUGCUUCCGCGAGCUGCGCGCCCGCCGGGCCGCCCUCGAAGCCGCCGACCCAUCCCUGCCCAAGCUCUCGACCAUGCCGCUCCGCCUCGUGUCCGAGAACAACUUCCCGACCGCCGCCGGCCUGGCGUCGUCGGCCGCCGGCUUUGCCGCCCUGGUGCGCGCCAUCGCCGACCUGUACGAGCUGCCCGCCUCGCCGUCCGAGCUGAGCCUGAUCGCCCGCCAGGGCUCCGGGUCGGCCUGCCGCAGCCUCUUUGGCGGCUACGUGGCCUGGCGCAUGGGCGAGGCGGCCGACGGCAGCGAUUCGACCGCCGAACAGGUCGCCGACGCGUCGCACUGGCCCGACAUGCGCGCCCUCAUCCUCGUCGUCUCGGCCGCCAAGAAGGGCGUCAGCUCGACCUCGGGCAUGCAGCAGACCGUCGCCACCUCGGGCCUCUUCCGCGAGCGCAUCGCCAGGGUGGUGCCCCAGAACAUGGCGGCCAUGGAGAAGGCCAUCCGGGAACGCGACUUUGCCUCGUUCGCCGAGGUCACCAUGCGCGACUCCAACUCGUUCCACGCCACCUGCGCCGAUACCUACCCCCCGAUCUUCUACAUGAACGACGUCUCGCGGGCCGCCAUCCGGGCGGUGGAGCAGAUCAACGCCGCCGCCGGGAGGACGGUGGCCGCGUACACCUUCGAUGCCGGCCCCAACGCCGUCAUCUACUACCUGGAGAAGGACACCGAGGCCGUGGUCGGCACUCUCUACCACGUCCUCGGGGGCGACAUUAGCGGCUGGAAGGACGCGGUGGUCAAGGGGCUGAAGCCGAGCUUGUCAUUGGACGAAGGCGUUGCUGGUAUCCUGAAGAGCGGUGUGAGCCGGGUGAUCAUGACGGGUGUCGGGGAAGGCCCCAUCAAGACCGACGAGCAUCUGAUCGCCGAGGAUGGUAGUCGGAUCCGAUGAUCUCGGCCUGCUUUUUUUUACCGGGAUCUGUGUAGGUCGUCUGUUCGCCGCGCUGCUAGGGCAAAUCCUUGGCGAUCACUCCUAGACUGUCGAAUCUAUUUCCUGAGCCAUC